ACUGAGCUUGUGCAGUCGCUCGAGUUCACACUGCCAGAUCUGUCUUGACAAUGACUCAACUACGAGAGCGCAGAUACUUGAUUCGCAGGCCACGGGUUUUGCAGUACUUCCACAAGGGACAGUUACGCAAGGUAUUGGACGAGGAACGUGUUGCAGGUCGCUUCGAACUGUUCUUUGAUCUUCUAUAUGUCGCGAUUAUCGCCAAUCUUGCUGACGACCUUGCGGAAACGCCUACAAGAGAGAACUUGAUCAAAUUCAUACUUGUGUUUACUCCGGCCUGGAACGCAUGGGCAGAUGCUAAAGAAUACGCCAACAAUUACUUCAACGAUGACAUGUUGCAGCGGGCUGGCGUCAUCUGGAUUAUGACUCUUCUCGUUAUCUACGGAAACAACGCAGUUUACGUGGCACAAGACCUCGGAGCAUUGCGUGCCACAGUGGGCUCGUACAUGGUACUCCGUUUCUCUCAGAUCUGCUUUUAUGCAGUCUCAAGUGUGGCUAGUCAUCACCACCGUGCUCAGAACCGAGCUUACUUUGCGCUCAUGUUGGUUGGCAUAUGCAUUUGGAUUCCUUUACUCUGUGAAAAUGUCAGCGACCCCGCAAAGAUAGUGGCUGCUGUGGUUGCUAUCCUCUAUGAAGACGCAUCAUACGUGAUCAGCUUCGGCCCGUGGGUUUCUAGAUGGUUGAAACUGGACUAUUCGUCGGCUGUAGACAUCGAUCAUGAGAAUGACAGAUAUACCGCGUUCACGAUCCUGGUCCUCGGCGAAUUCACAUAUGCUAUUCUGGUGGGUUCUCCGGCCAGAGGGGGACUGAACUUGAACGUCCUGCGAGCAAUCAUGACUCUUGUCAUUGCUUUCAAUUUCAACUCCAUGUAUGUCUACUGUGACGGCGCUGUUGAUGGCACACAUCCCAUUCGACGCGCUGUGUGGAGCACAUUUGCCUGGUUACUUAUCCAUCUGCCCCUCUCGGCUGGGCUGCUUGUCGGAGGACAUGUAUCAGCCGCCUCUUGCGACCAACACCUCUCUCCUGGACAACGACGACUCUGGGGUGCCGGUCUGGGCUUGGGUACUUUAUGCCUUUACCUUUUCGCUUGGCUCUAUCGUGAUGACGAUCCUAAGGGCUUGUUACGGUUCUCAAAGUCGAUGCGUCUGAUGCCGCGCUGCAUUGCUGGAAUUGUGUUCAUUCUCCUGCCAUUGACCUCGGAAGCUCAAAUCAGUUCUCCUAGUCUCAUCAUCAUCGGUGCUGUGAUGACAAGUUUAGUUGUCACGUGGGAAACAUAUGGUGGUCUUGAGACAGAUGCUUGCAUGUUCGAAAGUUGGACUGCCCCAGAGGAGGAUUAUGACGAAGAAGGCGACGCUGACGAGGCUCUGAUCCCGCAAUCUAACAACUCUACAUCGCCAGGUUACUCGACCUUUUAGUGCACCCAACAUAUCUCUAUUGGGCCUACGUGUGUUGCGACAGAGAAUAAGAGGCAACAUGCCCAUCCUAGAUCUCACUAUCG